AUGACGACCCCCACAGCAGCACGACACAUGGUCAACUUCAUAACAGGCAACACCAACAAGUUGUGCGAAGUCCGGGCCAUCCUGCAGCCAGCCAUCCAGGUCGAGAGCCAAACGCUGGACCUGAUCGAGAUUCAGGGCACGCUCGAAGAAGUCACGCUAGACAAGUGCCGCCGGGCAGCUGAUUUGGUCGAAGGCCCCGUCCUCGUCGAAGACACCUGCCUCUGCUUCAACGCCCUCAACGGCCUGCCCGGGCCUUACAUCAAAUGGUUCAUGAAGUCCCUCGGCCACACCGGCCUCAACAACCUGCUGGCGGCGUACGAGGACAAGUCGGCGCAGGCGGUGUGCACGUUCGCCUACUCGGCGGGCCCCGGCCAUGAGCCGAUCCUGUUCCAGGGGAUUACGGACGGCAAGAUCGUGCCGGCGAGGGGGCCGGGAGAUUUCGGGUGGGACGCUAUCUUUGAGUAUGAGGGGCAAACAUAUGCCGAAAUGGACAAGGCGGCAAAGAACAAGAUCUCGCACCGCUACCGGGCGCUGGCCAAGCUCCAGGAGUGGUUUGCAAAGGAGAUGGCGCCGUAG